AUGAUGGUCACUCAACCGCCCUCGGACAGCGCGACGAGGUCGGUUCGGCCCGCCCAGCCACAGCCUUCCGGGGAGCCCGCGCCCAAUGGGGGGGUGUCCUCGCGGCUCUGGGAGGACAGCAAGGAUCUCGCCUACCAGUCACUGCUGCAUCCCUUUGUGCUCGGGAUCGCCCAAGGAACCCUCCCGCGGGAGUCCUUCCAGCACUUCAUCGGCCAGGAUGCCACCUUCCUGCUCAGCUUCGCGGAGGCCUACGCCGCAGCCAUGGACCGCUGCGCCCCGGAGCAGCAGCAUCUGGCCGAGGCGCUGAAGGGGAUGCUGCGCGGCGUGCGCGAUGAGCUGCGACUGCACGAGGCCUACGCCGAGCGGUGGGGCGUGCUGCUGGAGCACCAGCAGCCCUCCCCCGCCACCAAGGCCUACGUCUACUACAUAAAGAUGGUCAGCGAGCAGCAUGACUCGUCUCUGGCCGACGUCAUGAGCACGCUGCUCCCCUGCCUCCGCCUCUAUGCCUGGCUGGGCGCCCAGCUGAAUAGCGUGCCAAGUCAGCCCGGCAACCCCUACAAGGUUUCCUGGAUCCAAGCUGACAACAGCCUGUCUCAGCAGAGUCUGGACCCCAUCCCCUGCCUGCAGAGUGGCUGA